AAUCGAAUCCGCAGAUUGUUUCUGCGGAGGAAUGUGACAGGCACCUGUGAGGUGAGCCGACACCAGGGGAGAGAUGACCGGGCAGACCGAAGAUGAUAUACCUGAAACAGGAGCAAUCUUCACCUUUGGGAAGAGCAAGUUUGCUGAUAAUGUGCCCAGUAAAUUCUGGCUGAAGAAUGACCAUCCAGAAGAAAUCUCGUGUGGGGGUGAUCACACUGCUCUCGUAACAGGCCAUAGCAGGCUGUUCAUGUUUGGAAGUAAUACCUGCGGUCAGUUAGGACUGGGGUCAGAGAUCAACAUCAACAAGCCCACUGCUGUGAAAGUGUUGAAGACUGAAAAAGUGAAGUUUGCAGCAUGUGGAAGAGACCAUACAAUCGUGUGCACAUGGAGUGGGCAGGUUUAUGGUGCUGGCAGUAACCAGGAGGGGCAGCUUGGUUUGGGACACUGUGAUGACACAAACACCUUCCACCUGAUUCAUCCCUUCUCUGACCACGCACCAAUCAAAAUGCUCGCUGCUGGCUGCAACACCUCAGCUGCUCUGACAGAGGAAGGCAGGCUGUUCAUGUGGGGUGAUAACUCGGUUGGCCAGAUCGGUCUGGGGGCAGAGAGCUACGCCUCAGAGCCUAGAGAGGUGAUGGUGGGGCAGUCAGUGGCCUGGGUGUCCUGUGGAUACCACCACUCAGCAUUCGUCACAGUGGACGGGGACCUCUACACGUUUGGGGAGAGUCGGAACGGAAGGCUGGGUCUAUUCCGUGACCAGCUGGCCAAUCACAGAGUCCCUCAGCAGGUGGAAGGCAUCCAGGAUCCGGUCAUCCAAGUGUCCUGUGGAGGGGAGCACACAGUGGCACUCACAAAGGAGGAUGUGUACACGUUUGGGCGGGGUCAGCAUGGUCAGCUGGGCCACGGGACCUUCCUGUUCGAAGCACAUCUGCCCAAAGCACUGGUCCACUUCCGGAAUGGCAGAGUCAGUCACGUCACCUGUGGAGAGAACCACACUGCUGUGAUCACAGACAGUGGGAUUCUGUACACCUUUGGGGACGGUCGCCAUGGUAAACUAGGACUGGGGGAAGAGAACUUCACCAACCAGUUCAGACCAACACUGUGCCCACGCUUCCUCAAAUACAGUGUCCAGUCAGUGAAAGGUGGCAGCUCUCACAUGCUGGUGCUGGCUAUGCCCAGACCCCCAGAGGUUGAGGAAGUGGUGAUAGAGGAAGAUGAUGUCACAGAGACCAUUCUGGAGACUCUGGAAACCUACACUGAGCUGCUCAUGAUGGAUCCCUCCCUCCUGAUGUCCAACCCACCGACUGCACCUCCUCUCUGGACCCUGUCUGCUAGGGCCCGCCGCAGGGAGAGGGAGUGUUCUCCAGAGCAGUUUGGCCAGAUGUUCCAUAACCUUCCUCCUCUGAUGUCUGGCUUCUUCAACACCUCCCUUCCCGUGUCCAGGAACAUCCGCAUCUCCAGAACACCAUGUAAAGACCCCUCCACCUCCUCACUGUCUUCCAAUCCCUCCUCAAACAACGCCCCCAGUCCCUCUCUGUCACUCAAACCCAGAGGCAAACCCCCUUUAACACCAUCACGGUCUCCCCAAUUCACAUUCCCAGACCCUCCCAGCCCUUCACUCUCCUCAAAGUCCAGCCCUAAGAAGAAGAAGCCCACCCCGUCAAAAUCACCAAAAUCUACAUCUAAAGAACCCAGUAGCCUCUCACAGUCCUUCCUAUCCAUGCCUAAACUCAUCCCCGACCCCACACUGUCCCCUAAAACCCCUUUAAAAAGCCCACAGAUUACAACCAAUCCCCCAAAACGCUGUCUAAGGGGCACCCAAGCCCUUCUCGGAGUCCCACUUCACCACAGACAGAUAGGAACGAGGACACAGUGACAGAAGCCCCUGACAGCCUGAUGCUCAUUGAGAAUAUGGAGGAUGAAAAGGACACGUUGUCAAACCUGGCAUCACUAUCGAGAGGAGAUUCUGGCAAUGAGACUGGGACUACAUCUGCAGAGCAGAAGGAUAAG